AACUCCUCACUUGACCCCGGUAGAAAAAAAUUGUCACUACAGACGAUGUCAAUAUGGCGUCCAGUGUGUGUCGUAGUCAAGUUGUUUCCAGAGCCAAGAAAACGCCUUCUCCUUCCACACUAUUGCCAAAAACACCAGCCAAAUCUCGACCCGACUCUCAAAAGCGUCUCAACAGCUCUGAUGGUUCUUCAUCCAAGAAGUAUGUCUCCUCUGUAAAGGCAGUUACCAGAGCGAGUUCCAGUGGCCGUCCAUCGGAUAGACUCAACCCCAAAACAGUGGAUCCGUUCAACGACAAGACUCAGAAAUCAUCAUUUGCUGCCGUAUAUGCAAGUGGUGGUGUGCCCUGCAGAUUGAUCCAUGGCUCUGUCAAGCACAAGCUACAAUGGGAUACUCCUCCAGAUAAUCUGCCAUUUGACCCAAUCCUUAUCACACUAGCAGAGGGCUUAAGAGAGACAAAGCAUCCAUAUACAUUUGUGGCAAGAGAAGGAUUCAGGGAGAUGCUAGACGUGGAAGACUCACCUGAGAGAACCACACCAAUUCUACCCAAACUGGUGUUUCCUCUCAGGGCUGCUCUGUCUGCCCCAGAUCUUGAGGUGUUCCAGAACUCUCUGGAUGCAUUAGUGCAGCUUAGUUUUGUCGUCAGAGAGGCCCUGAAUCCUCACCUUAAGACCCUUCUGCCUCAUGUAUCAAGACGCCUCAUGGAUAAGUCCCUCAAGGAGAAAAUCAUUUCAUCACUACAACACAUUGAGAGAAACUGUGGAAGGGAGAGUCUACCAAUUAUCAAGUUGAAGGUACCCACAUACCAGUCGGUAUGUUUAUAGCAAAAUAUGCAUGUGUAAAUAGGCUAUAAUAGGUCAACCCAAAAUUAUAUAUUUUUUUUUUCAAAAUUCAUUCAAGGUCAUGCCCAGGGAAGUUCUCCUGGCAUCUACAUCUUUUGUGUGGUUGCUAUUUUUUUUAAUGAAAAACUUAGGCUUGAUUACCUGUUCAAUACUGUUGUUGUGAACCAUGAAAACAACAGCCAAAGUUUUCAGGAAAUAAAGUACAGAAAGUAUAGAAAUAAAUUUGUAAUAACUUCAGUAUUAAUCCGGGGAAAUGAUCUUAACAUUUUCUCAAAAGUUAAAAAAACAGCUAUUUUUGUAAAAUAAUGUCAACAAAAUAAUAAUAGGUGUGUAUUUCUUUUUUAUAAAUCACUGUAUAUAGUGUAAAAAAGUUAUCUUGUGAAAUGUUGCGAGUGUUUUUUCAAGCAGUUACUUGAAAAUCUAAUCUAAAAAUCCAGGUUUUUAGGCCCCUUACUACAUUAUGCCGACUGAAUUUUCAACCACU